AUGUCUGGGAUCACUGGGAAUCUGGAUUGCAAGGAGUGCUCGGCUUCGGCUCAUGUGGCAAACAGCACGGAGUUAAACGUGCACUCCAGCGCGGAUGAAGACGAUAAACUUCUGAGGUACAUCUGGACAGAGUACCUGCACCCCAAGCAGUACGAGUGGGUUCUCAUCGUGGGCUACAUUAUUGUAUUUUUCGUGUCCCUCAUUGGAAACUCUCUGGUUUGUUUUGCAGUUUGGAAAAACCGUCACAUGCGCACCGUAACCAACUACUUCAUCGUGAAUCUGUCUCUGGCCGACGUGCUGGUCACGAUCAUCUGCCUGCCCGCCAGUCUUGUGGUUGACAUCACGGAGACUUGGUUCUUUGGAAACACUCUUUGCAAAGUCGUCCCUUAUCUGCAGACUAUUUCAGUUUCUGUAUCAGUCCUCACACUGAGUUGCAUCGCCCAGGACCGUUGGUAUGCUAUCUGCCACCCGCUGAUGUUCAAGAGCACGGCCAAAAGAGCUCGCAAGAGCAUCGUGGUCAUCUGGGUUGUGUCCUGCGUCAUCAUGAUCCCUCAGGCAGUGGUGAUGGAAUCCAGCAGCCUGUUGCCUGAACUGACAAACAAGACCAGCCUGUUCACAGUGUGUGAUGAGCACUGGGGAGCUGAGAUCUACCCAAAGGUGUACCACAGCUGCUUCUUCAUUGUCACAUACUUUGCACCGUUGUGUCUCAUGGUCCUGGCGUACAUUCAGAUAUGUCACAAGCUGUGGCGUCAGCAGAUUCCCGGCAGCUCGUCGGUGAUGCAGAGGAACUGGCGGUCGUUCCAGUGCUCCGCUCCUCCGAGUGCAGGGCCGGGAGAAUCUGUGAGAGUUAAAACCAGCACGGUCUGUGCUGAGAUCAAACAGAUCCGAGCCCGACGGAAGACCGCUCGCAUGCUGAUGGUGGUGCUCUUUGUUUUCGCUCUCUGCUACCUGCCAAUCAGCGUGCUCAAUGUUAUGAAAAGAGUUUUGGGGACUUUCAAGAACACCAACGACAGAGAGACCGUGUACGCAUGGUUCACUUUCUCACACUGGCUCAUAUACGCCAACAGUGCCGCAAAUCCUAUCAUCUACAAUUUCCUCAGUGGGAAGUUUCGCGAGGAGUUUAAAUCGGCCUUUUCUUGCCAUUGUUAUGGGCAACGGCAAGAGCAAACACAGAGGACAAGGACGAGAGCGAGCACAGAUAGCCGCAAAUCCCAGGUCACUCAAGUCAACAACGUGGACAAUUUGUCUCCUGUAUCUGAUCACAUCGUGUGA